AGAGGAGCAACUUCAGGAUCAGGACGCCCUCCGCCCCAGGUUUGAAGCAGUAGUGGCGGGGCUACAGGACAAACUCGCGACUAAAACCCCUCGAUUUGGCUUUAGGCUUUUGAGACAUUUUGGGGUCGAAAUUAUUCGGUUGUACACGGUGUUAUUUUUGUUGUUGUUUGUUCCCGCACAGCGAUGGGAAAUAGGGUGAGCCUGGCUACAGUUGUGUGCGUACGGGUAGCGUUCCUGUGGCGUACUUUCGGAGCGGUCAUAGGAGGGUUGGUGUAGUGUGUGGAAGGUGCUUUUUCCUUCCAUAAUGUGUACACGGUUCUCGGGCACACACCUGGUGACGGUAAGGACAUGGCGUAAAACACGGAUCCUGUUGCUUCUGUACGGAACGUCGCACGGUGUGUGGCGUUGUGUUGGUAUGUGUGCCACAGUACCGAGCCCCAUGGGUAUAGCCAUACCAUCCCCCUUUUUGGAACACCGAGACCGAUUUAGCAAGCUGCUGCUGCUGCUGCUGCUGCUGAACAACAACGACAGCAGACCACGGGAUUCGAUGGCAAGUUGUGAGUUCGGGCCAGUAGUGUAGGCGCUGUCGCACGGUGAUAGCAACGCAGUGUGCAGUGUGUGUAAUGUCCUUUCUCCGAAUGGACCCGUUCCAGUCUGUCCGUUUAGUGAACCGUUUUUUGGGUUUUAGGCUUUUUUAAUUCGUCACUAAGUUCGCUUCCACCGUUCGCCUCGAACGCCACGGAUCACGCUGGAGGAUUGUAUGCUUCCAUUGAAAUGUGGGGCCCGAUGCCUACUGCACCCCGUAAGCGUAUUUUCCAGCGUUAGCAAACGUCAAAUAUUCGCUUGUGAGUGCUUUUUUUCCUCACGUAACACGAGUAGAGUGGCAGUAUCCGUGUAGUGUCAUCGAACAUAGGCAAAUAAAGACAACGCUGGAGUGGAUUUUGUUACGCGGCCGCUUCGUUUGCUAGAAGAAAAAUCCCGCAGUAGUACGUCGAACAUGAAUCCGUUUAUUUUCUACUACGGUGCUGUAUAAAAAAACGUUAUCCUGGAACUGACCAGCGUACCUAAAGCAUCGACCACGACUCGUCCUAUUUACCGCUGUAUGUAUCAGUGAGCGCAAUUAAAAUGUGCAACGAAAAGGUGAAGCGCUUCGUUUACUGACCGCAGUUGUUAUCUGUUCUUUGUGGCUGUGAAAAUGAACAAUGCAUUUGUCAAUCGGUUGACCUGCGAGAUGUGUUGAAAAACGAAACGGAAUGUCCUUUUACGAGGGAAAGUGCGAAUGAUUGGGCAGUGAGUACUGAUUGUACUGUAACACACAUUAACUGGCUGUAUAUCCCCUCUUAUCAGAGUGAAACAUUUGAUGUUUGUUUGAAAUGGAUAUGUGUGCUGGCAAAGUGUUGGAACAGGGUGCAAAAUAUGCAUUGUGACAACAGGAAGGAUCACGACGAAAUUCCUUCCUUUAGCAAUGGCUGGCAAAAGUUGGUGGCAACUUCCGGACGUCAUGUACGUGUUAUUUCGUGGUAAAAAGAAUUUCCUUCACAAUAGUUGUGCAAAAUAGUUAGAGAAGUAAAAAUUAAAUGUGUUUAGUAUUAUCGAAGGAUACAAAAUCCACCAUUCGCUAUCAGGCAUCCCCCAAAGGCAAGCGAUCGCAAGUCGUUCGACAGUCGGCGGAAAAUUCGGCCAACAGUUUAGUUGUUGGAAAAUGUGUUUGUGUAAGAACGAGAUCAGUGCACAGAGAGAAGGAGAGAGACGGAGAGCGAACAAAGAUUUGGUGGUGUGCGUGUUUCUAAGACGCGUUACGAUAGAACGAAGAAAACAGUAAUACUAAGACGGCAAAGAGACGAGAGCCAAAACUAGGUCAAAACAGAGAGAGAGAGAGAGCGAGCGAGAACCACUAGAGUAAUCGUGUACGUGUGCGGGAACUUUUUGGACACAACAUUGAGCGCGCGAAUGGUGCAGGACGUGCUGGGGCCAUGCAAAAGUAUCCGCGUAGCCGGUAGCGACAAAACCGUUUAGUGGCCGUCAGCUCGCAGUUUCCCGCUGUUCUAAUAUAUCCCGAAUGACAGUGAUAAAGUAAUUCGGUGGUAAUAGCAGCUGGUGCCGGAAGGUGGUGUAUCCCGAUCGUUCCCCCCAUCGAAAAAAAUAAAUAAAACACGCACCCUUCCACAGUGUGUGCCGACAUUCAUGUGGAGCAGCGAAAUUGUUGGUUCGUGUAAUGGCUGUGUCAGCGUUGAUUGUUGUGUAGCUGCGACCGUGCCUAAAAGGGGUUCAAUCGCAGACGAAGUGACGCGGGAGACGGAGGCUGUGUAAACAAAAUUAGUCCGAGCACAUUCCACAGCACACCUAGCGACCCACCAAGUGAUCAAGGCGCGAAGAACCAGGAAAACCCGGAAACUGCCGGUAUGGCUGCCGCCGUUCAGGGAAGUCCGCGUACGGGCGACGAAUCGUCGGAAAGUGAGAAUGAAACUGAACCGGCCAAAAUAUUCCACCGGAAAUUGUCUACCAAGAAGGACGUGAAGUCAGCGACCGCCACCAAAGAAGGUUACUUAAUGAAGCAGACAUGGUCGUUCCAGCGAUGGCGAAGAAGGUACUUUCGACUAAAAGGACACAAGCUAUAUUACGCCAAGGGCAGCAAGAGCGAUCUGUUCGAUGAAAUCGAUCUCUCCAACUUGUGCUUUGCGGAGUGCAGUACGAAGAAUGCGAACCAUAGCUUCCAGCUAAUUACACCAACCAGAUCGCUAGUGCUGUGUGCUGAAUCACGCCGAGAAAUGGAGGACUGGCUGCAGGCCCUGAAGGCUGCUUCGGCGCGCGAAUUUUUCGAACCCGGACCACCAGAUCAACACGAUUUCCUUUCCGGUCACCAUCAUUGGUAUGCAACAUCUCAUGCACGGCCUACGUACUGCAACGUUUGCCGGGAGGCACUAUCUGGCGUUACUUCCCAUGGGUUGUCCUGCGAGGUGUGCAAAUGCAAGGUUCAUAAACGUUGCGCUGCAAAAGCAAUCUCAAACUGCAAAUGGACAACGCUCGCUAGCGUCGGCAAGGAUAUCAUCGAGGACACUGAUGGGAACAUCGUGAUGCCACACCAGUGGAUGGAAGGCAACCUGCCCGUAUCAUCCAAAUGUUUGGUGUGCGACAAAACGUGCGGUUCCGUCAUGCGUCUGCAAGAUUGGCGAUGUCUCUGGUGUCGCUCAACGGUCCAUACCGCCUGCCGACCCCAGGCACCAAACUCGUGCCCACUAGGUCCGGCCCGCGUAUCCAUGGUUCCACCGACAUCGCUCCAUUCGAUCGGGCUAGACGAGGCGUGGGACGUUUGUAAACCUCACGGCAGCUUCUCACCCUUGCUCGUGUUCGUCAACUCCAAGUCGGGCGACAACCAGGGGGUGAAGUUCCUGCGACGCUUCAAGCAGCUCCUGAAUCCGGCCCAAGUAUUUGAUCUCAUCUCGAGCGGUCCUGGCCUCGGGCUACGUCUGUUUCGCCAUUUUGAUCCGUUUCGCAUACUGAUCUGCUCUGGGGACGGAUCCGUCGGCUGGGUACUUAGCGAGAUAGACCAUCUAAACAUGCAAAAACAAUGCCAAAUAGCUGUUCUACCGCUGGGUACGGGAAACGAUCUGGCACGAGUCCUCGGUUGGGGAAGUUCCUGCGAUGAUGAUGCACACCUACCGCAGCUGCUGGAACGGUAUGAGAAGGCCAGCACAAAAAUGCUCGACAGAUGGAGUGUAAUGGUUUUCGAGCGGGACAUUGGCAUCGCGACAACACGGACACCGAAGAUGUCGAUCUCGCACUAUCCGGAUCCGUUGCUAUCACAGUACGAAGACAGCGCACUGUGGCAUCUCCAGUCAAUUGUGUACAACGAAGACACGCAAAUGAUGAUACAAUCGACGAGAAUCCUAUGCGAAACGGUCAAUGACUUUAUUGCUAGAGUAAGAGAAACCAGCUCCGACGAAGAGCAAUUAAGCGUCAAAUGUGAUAUUUUAAGACAAAAGUUAGGAAUGUUAUUAGAUACUCUGAAGGAUGAGGAAGCUGGUCUUCAUGGUGACGACGAAUUAUUUAGAACACUGAAAGAAAUUGCUCAAAAAAGUGCCUCAGAAAGACCAAUAGAUACAAAAACAAUAGAGAAAAACGAAAAAGAUAAACUGAAUUCCAAAGAGCGCAUCAGUAGAAUAGACCGCCGUUCAGAGAAGGAAGCACUUUUAUGCCGGGCCAACAGCCUCAAGCGAGCAAUACAUGAAGUGGUGGAGAUGAGCGAGAAAGUAAUACCGUACGCACCACAGAAGCGCCUUUCCGUGCCUAUGAACACACUUAGAGCCACCGCUUCCUCAUCGGAUAAUUCAGCCAACACCUCUCCGGCAACGUUGCCACCACCUCCCGGCAUGAUAUCGCCCUCGGUGUCUACAUCACGAUUGACCUGCAUUUCACCCCUGCCAGAUAUGCGACGCGACUCGAUGGAUGAACAUUUUUUCAGCACCCUCAAUCUGCCAGUCCCGAAACAAUUCGCCGACGGUGGUAGUCGCCGUAGUUCCGGUGUGCCGGAGUCCUAUCGUAUCUCCAGCAUUGAGGAGCUGGAGGAGAACAGUCUGCACACGGAACCGAAGAUGGCAGAAACCAUCCUCGAACCACCGAUGGAGGGUGAGUCUGAAAUUGCGACCGACAAUCAGGCCAGAGAUCAAGAUGAUACAUUGAAUCAAAAGUCGACGACCACCACGACGUCGGAUUCACAGUCCACAACGGCACCGUACGACUUUUCGUUCGAGUCGGACACGAAGACGGUUAAGUUUGAUCUUGAUCCGAACAGCGCAUUCGAGCGGUUAGGGUUUAAACCGUUUAAGAAAACGAUCGAACAGCAUCACCAGCAACAGUUGGCUGGACAAGGCAAUGGACAUCAUCGCACCGACAGUGGUUACAUGCAAUUCCAGCCCAUUGAAGUGUAUGAGCGUAAUUAUUAUCGCACCCAAGCGCAACGUUUGGGCGCUGCGGGUUCGUGCAAAGUUGGUCUGGCUGGUACGGAACCGACGUCAUCGAAAGCUGGUUCUUCAUGUAAUAUGCUGCAGGUGCCCACGAUUUGUAUUCCGAGUCUUGAAAAACCACCGGAAAACAUCUAUUUCAGUGAAAACAUUACCAUCAUCGAUACGGACAUGCCGGAACGAUCGUCCUCUGAUGAGGUACCAGGCGAUGGCAGUGAUAUUCUAUCAGCAAUAAGCAACGAAGAAUGUAGCGUUACGUCGGAGAUACUCGAUAGACAAUCUGAUAACAACUCGCAGGUUCAUGUAGGUGAUAUUAUACAGGACUUGGACAACGAUCGCUUCAGCCAUAUCGAUUCACCGGAAACAAGUGACACAACGGAAGCAUUACACGGCGAAAGUCUUAUGGAUGACAUAAGCUCAGUGCUGGGACAAGAUUUGCUGGGAGCAUUGCAGGAUAAUACAAUCACGGAAGACACGACCACCCUGUGCACACUCGAUCAUACGAAGCGAAGAAGCUUUAAGGUAAAGCAGCAGCGCAAUGAUACGGUCGAGCUUGAGCAGUGCGGGUUUGAAAACCGUGUGUUCGACAUCGACAAUCGGUGCGAUGAUCAGAAGGUAAAGGAACCUCGAUUCUGCAGCUUGGCCAAAUUUGUGGAAGGGAACGAUAUUGCACGCAAGAGCUUCAAACGUCCGCAUCGGGGCAUGACGCGAAGCCUGGGAACAGGAUUCACGAACCGUUUGUCCGUCGGUGAGAAUGAGUACGAAAACAUCAAAACUUUUGCGCGCAAUUUGCUACCAAUACACGGCUCACCUUCGGAUAUGUCUGUAUCAGAAACGGACACAGUUCGGUCGUCUGGCUUCGAGUACAAGAAGCUAGUGUCGGCAGCAAAUCCGGAAGAUGAAGAUGAAAGUCUUCCGGAUGAUGAUCUAGGCGAGCGAUCCUCAAGUGAAAAUGAUGAACCGCAAGGUCGUACACAUGGGGAGGAAGAUGAUGACGAGGAGGAGGACGAAAAGGAAGAUGAUGAAGAUCGCCAUGAGGAUGAGCGAGCGGAAAGGGAUGAUGAAGAUGAGGAGAAACAGGCCGACCACGAUGAGCACGAGAAGGAUGAUCGAAGUGAAAAAAGCUUCCGAUUGACGUGCAUCCCCACGAUCAAUGUGGUAGUGGAACCACCGUCUCCUGCCAUUAGCGAUGAAUUACGAUCGUUACGAGUGCCGGAAAUACGACGCCAUUCUGAGCAUACGCCAAAUCUGCUGGCACCGCGCGAAAUCGACAUCAAUCGUCGGCACUCGAAUAACAAUCCGAACUUGUUGGGUUUUGAUUCGGAACACAUUCGCUUCCUAAAUUGUUCUCCAGCAGCAUCAAGACGCAUCAGCAGUGGCAGUUUGCUGUUCAAACCGGAGGGUUUGGGUAGCUCCAAGAGUAACAUCUUCAGCUCGAACCUAGGACUGUUCAAUCUGGACAAGGAUUCAGAUGCCAGAGAGGAGAGGAAAAAGGAGGAAAAGGAAGAGAGGGUAAAGAAGCUGCCCAUCAUCAACCCGCUCGUCCGGUUGCCGUCCUGGCCAAAUGUAAGCACCGGAACCGGUUUCAUAUCGAAGUGUUUGCUUGCUAAUGCCGACACCUUGUGUGCUGCCGUAAGCCCGCUGAUGGAUCCGGAUGAAACACUGCUCGAAGGAUAUUACGAGAAGGCGGUUAUGAACAACUACUUUGGAAUAGGUAUCGAUGCGAAGAUUUCUCUCGAUUUUCACAACAAGCGUGAGGAGCAUCCGGAAAAGUGUCGAUCACGUGCAAAGAAUUACAUGUGGUACGGUGUGCUCGGCUCGAAGCAAUGGUUACAAAAAACCUACAAAAAUCUGGAACAAAAGGUACAGCUCGAGUGCGACGGACAACGCAUUCCGCUGCCUUCCUUGCAGGGUAUCGUAGUGCUAAACAUUCCGAGCUUUAUGGGUGGUACAAACUUCUGGGGCAGUAAGAAGGAGGAUGACUGCUUCCUGGCCCAGAGCUUUGACGAUCGUAUACUGGAGGUAGUGGCAGUGUUCGGAUCCGUGCAGAUGGCUGCAUCGCGGCUUAUCAACCUGCAGCAUCAUCGAAUAGCUCAGUGCCAAAGUGUACAGAUUAAUAUUCUUGGUGAAGAAUGCGUUCCGAUACAAGUUGACGGAGAGGCCUGGUUGCAGCCGCCUGGCAUGAUACGGAUCAUACACAAGAACCGUGUACAGAUGCUGUGCCGCAACCGAAGCCUGGAGGUGUCGCUGAAGAGCUGGCAGGAGAAACAACGCCAGCACAGUAUCAGUAUCGCGCGGGAACAACCUUCAACCGCGUCCGAGCAUCAUAUCGCGCCUUCGGAGGAUAUGUUUUCCGAGCGUGAAACGUAUCUCCUGCUGAACUUUAUCGAAUGUGUCAGCACGCUGGUAAAGUGGGUAAAGUUUCUUAUCAUAUCACAUCCUUCGCUGCAGCCGAACCUAUACGUUGUGGCCUCCAAGACAGCGGAUGCUCUGGAGUCCAUCCAUCCGGGUGGUAAAAUCAUCGAGGGACCAAAUCUUCGUCGGCAGCUUACACAACUGGUUCGAUGCUCUAGACAGCUGUACGAGGAUACGUGUGAACUGUUGAGAGAGCGCAGCCAUAGUCUAAUACUCCGUGAAGAUCUGGAAACGAAGCUAAGCGUUUCGCUCGCAAACAUGGAAAUGGAACUCGGUAAGUGUACGCUGCAGCAAUCGUCCGAGACCGGUGAGACAAGGGUGUAUCUGAACGUGUUGGCACCGAACGAAGAAAUCGAUCAUCGCAAAAAGCAGAAACCAUUCUGGUUGCGGUUCCGCAGCGGACAUAGCUCCCACCAUGCGCCAGCAGUAACCGGAGCUGUAUCGAAAGCUGCUGCAACGUCACGCGAGACGGUCAGUAACUGGGGUGUGGGUGAAGUGGUUACUUGGCUGGAAGCGAUGCAACUGUCGGAGUAUGUGGACAGUUUCAUCAAGAAUGAUAUACGCGGCAAAGAGCUACUAACGCUGGCGCGCCGUGAUUUGAAGGAUCUAGGCGUAACCAAAGUUGGACACGUGAAGCGUAUCUUGCAAGCAAUCAAAGACCUUGGAACAGGGUAGAUGUGUGGCAAUAGCGAUGAUAUGUCGCUAUCGUUUGAACAAUACACCCAUAACGAACCGAUGACGUACAUGUGAAACGAAAUGAACAAAAAUCCACCAUUUAAUGAGACUUUUGUUACCACAGAUGGUGAGAUCUUAGUCUCUCCAAAACGAUGGACAGUGAGAGACAUACAACUAAAACUUCGAUAAAAGCAACUAAAAGACUUUGGUAUCUGUCGUAUUUAGUAGCAAAAGUGCAUCGAUAACCUUACCGGUAAGGGUAUACCAGCAUAAGUGUAGUUCUAAGGAAAAUGCUGCACCGUUUGGUGAAUGCAGACUGUUUUGUAACCCUCUCUGAUCCUAACUGAUUUAGCAAUGGCCGUACAAAAAGUUGCCGCCUUUUUUGCAUCCUUUUCUUUCUCCGGUCACGGACCUGUCUGGGUGGCAGCUUUUCGCGAUGCUAUAUAAAAAAGAAGCAAGGGAAACAUAAAUUAUAGCUGUGAAGAUGUAAAGCAAAACACGAUACAACGUGAAGACGCAAGCAACACAUUUAAUGUAAAAAAAAAACAUAUUCCGAUUAUAAGAUAUUGUUGUGCAUAAAACGUCAUAUACAUCGUAUGGUUUAAUCGUGAAUAUUAACCGGGCUGUUGAUUGUGUGUUUUAGUUUCUUCCCUUUAAUCGUUGCUUGAUCGUGUCGCGAGAUGUGAUGGCACAUACAUACG